AGCCAUUCCCCUUAACUGUUGAUAGCAUGGUGGUCUUCUCCGUGGAGCGUGGAGGAAGUAAAUGGCUGGAGUCGAGCAGAUUGUGUUAUCUCGUCAAUGAACAUUUUGUUUUGAUAUGCACAACGUUAUACUUAUCCUUAACCUUUCUUAAUCAUCCAAUUUCAGAACGAAUAUAAGGUGACUUGUCUGUAGCACAGACUGGAGGGGAGGCUGUCUCUUUAAUGUAUGCUUGCCUAAUAUGAAGUGGUAACAAGCCAAGUUGGGUGUAGCCGCCCAACUGAGAUCUGAGCCCGUUCGAGCCAAUCAGAGAGCCGGCAAGUUACCUCACACCGUUUCGAGGACCCGACUGGGAAAACCCCAUUCGACCCCCGGAGAAGUAUCGCUUUACUCGUACAUACCGUUGAAUGGUCUUGGAACGGAUAGUAUUUCGAGUUCGGUGAAAAAGAAGCUCACAGAGGAGGCCUGGGCCCAGAUUUGGCGGGUCCAAACGGGUGCAACCUGUCUCGCUCCGCUCUUUGUGCCAACUGGUUUGCAGCCAGUUUCUGGCAUUUCAUUUCCUAGAGAGGAACGGAAUAAAAACUGUCCCCGAGAUGCAUGUCAAGACUCUGGUUGUCGUUUCCUUGAUUCUGCUUCUUCUGAUAGCUCCUGCAGAGAGCUGGUGGAGAAGACGCAGACGACGAAGGCGUUCCCCGUCCCCUCCAGACACCACUCCGCCGUCGUUUUCCUUCUGCCCCGGUCCCUACAGCUACACCACCAGCGAAGCGGACGGUCGUCGGGUGGUGUACUACGGCACGCCACGUGCAUCUGAUAACCGGGGAUCGGUCACCUUAAGUCGCACAGGUGGCUUAGCCUCUGGAAGUCGCUUCAAUGAAGGCCUGACCACUGUGACCUACGCGGCUAGGGAUAGUGCCGGGAACACCGCGUACUGUUCGAUAAGCAUCACCAUCCGCGUUCUUCGUUGUCCAGGUGUUGGAUCAAGCAGUCAUCGGUCUCACACUUGCACAAAGUCCAACAUCGCUGGCUCGUUCUGUACCUUCCGCUGCUCAACUGGGUACGAUAUUGUUGGAGACUCGACAGCCACUUGUCUGAACAGCGAAGUCUGGACUAGUGGGUUGCCGACUUGUCGAGUGAAAACCUGCAAUCCAGCAUUGACUAGCCUCGCCAAUGGACAAAUCACCUGCACCAAUGGCAACCGGUGGAACAGUGUGUGCACAUUCCGUUGCAACUCGGGCUUUGGAUUGUCAUCCGGGGGGAGCACCUACACAAGAACUUGCACACUCACUUGGUCGGACACCUCUCCAACUUGUAGAGAUACCCAGGCACCAAACAUAACCUGUCCUAGCUCCAUCUCCGUUGAGGCCGAGGAAGGACUGACCAGUGCCGUGGUCUCUUGGGCUUCUGCGACAGCCACUGACAAUGUGCCGGCUGGACUAACAGUCACUCAGACGCAAGGCCUCGCCAGUGGCAGCCGCUUUGGCCAAGGGUCUCACACCAUAUUCUACAGCGCCAGUGAUGCCCGAGGCAAUACACAAGAGUGCUCCUUCUCUGUUACUGUCAGAGUGAUUACAUGUACACCAGCUCUCCAGAGUGGGCACCAUCUUCUCGUUAAUUGUCCCCAUGGGCACAUCAAGGGGGCUAGGUGUACAUUCACAUGUGACGCAGGAUUCCGAUUGGUUGGCUCAGAAAGUUCCACCUGUCAGUCUAGUGGAUCAUGGACCUCGUCUCAGCCAAGCUGUGAAAUUCUGCGAUGCACUUCUCUGACUGCCCCCGCACAUGGCCGUUUCAGGGAUUCAUCGACGUGUGACAAUGCCUAUGGGACGUUUUGCCACUUUGUGUGUGAUACAGGCUACAGCAUCACCGGCAGUGCCGACAGACGGUGCACGGUCCUGCCAGGCCAGACUGGCGUGUCCUGGUCAGGCUCAACCACGGGAUGCCAAAUCAACAGGUGUAACACCCUAACUCCAGGUGAAGGACUGUCCCCAACCAACAGUGGCACCUGUUCAGCCGGUAACGUAGUAUCAUAUGGUACCACGUGUACUUACGCAUGCUCUGAAGGUUUCAGAUUAACAGGCGCACCGACUAUAAGUUGUGGGUCAGACGGUCAGUGGCUUCAGACCCUACCAGAAUGUCUGGUGAUCACCUGUGCAAAUAGUGACCUGCCUGCACCAGUCAACGGAGCGAAGAGCGGCUGCACCGGAGACCAUAUCCCUUAUGGCACCACCUGUAGCCUGUCCUGUAACCGUGGUUACACGCCAACAGCAAUGACACACCGAACGUGUCAGAGCAACAGUAACGAUUACGGGGUGUGGUCCGGUGGAACCAUCACAUGCACCAUUGUGACUUGUCCUUCCCUGUCUACACCGGCCCAUGGCACCGUGUCCACCUGCCAACGCAACGGAAGCAACAGACCUGUGUCGUCACGGCAACCCUUUGAUACAGUGUGCAACACAGCUUGUAACGUUGGUUACACUCUAUCGGGCUCGGCCAGUCGAACCUGCCUCGUGUCGGGGGCAUGGGAUGGAACUACAACUGUCUGUUCAGACAUCACAGAUCCAGUGCUGGAGUGCCCGUCAGAUCAAGUCGAGUUUGCCGGGGAGGGGCACCAAAUAGUGUCAGUCCCUUGGGACUGGGAACCAGUCACGGGCACGGAUGCUGGCCGUGAGAUCACCGCCGUGCUGCUGUCCAUCAACACCGUGCCUGUCACCGGCCCUAAGCCAAGUACCUUGGAAGAAGGGACCUACUCACUGGUCUACUCGGCGACCGACAACGCUGGCAACUCGGGUUCCUGCUCUAUGCAACUAGAGACCAAAGUGACACGGUGCUCAGGACUUCCAACACCUACCAAUGGCGUGCUGCAGCUGGUGUCCGGCCAUGGCGCGUGCUCCCAGAGUGUCGUGUACGGCUCCCGGUGCGACAUCAGCUGUGAGACUGGCUACACACUGUCAACAGGGGGUGCCACUCUGAGGAGAAAGUGCCUACGUGUGGCCGCAGACAGCACCCAAGGAUACUGGAACGGAUCUCAGCCAACUUGCGUGGCCAACACCUGCACUCAUCCAAGUGUUACCAAUGGUUACAUCAGUGGUUGCCAUAGCAACAUUGCCACCUACGGGGAUGCCUGCCAAUUCCACUGUGACCUGGGUCACAGGACAGCCAGCGGCGAGAGUAACCGCAACCGCCAGUGCCAAGCAGAUGGAUCAUGGAGUGGACCUGACUUCCAGUGCACAGUGAUAAUCAUGUGCCCUGGCCUUCCUCCUGUUCCUUAUGGAUCGGUGCAGCCCGCCCUCUGUGCUCAGCCUGGGACGCAACCGUAUAACACGGUGUGCAGCUUCUCGUGUGACGACGGUUUCAGACAGGAGGGACCCAACAGCAAGACGUGCGCUGACAACGGGUCCUGGGACAGCCUAGAAAAUGUGGUCUGCAUCGAUGAGCAGAGGCCGAGAUUCAAUGUGGCCUGCCCGCAGCAUGUGAACAUCAACAGUGAGUUUGGGACAACCUCGAAGAGAGUGACCUUUGACCCACCGACUGCCACCGACAACUCUGGCUAUGUCACAGUCACAAGACAAGCAAUCCACCUAGCUCCUGGAAGUAUCUUCCCUGAAGGUCGGACCACUGUCGCUUACUUCGCCUCAGACCCAGUGGGACUUUCUGAACAGUGCGACUUCAUCAUCAACGUUGUCGUGCAUCGUUGUGAGAGACUCCAAGCCCCCAGUUCUUGCUCCAUCCAAUGCAACCACCCGAGCUUCAUCGCCGGCACCGAAUGCACCUUAAGGUGUAACAUCGGUUACACACUGAGCGGUUCACGACAGAGGACUUGUCAGUUGACCGGUGAUGACACGCCCUACUGGGAUGGAGAGACCACUGUGUGCACCAUUGUAAGAUGCCCUGCCCAGACAGCCCCGCCCCACUCCAUCAAGUCUGGUUGCAGCCUCCCUUCUGAACCUUAUGGCACUGAGUGCUCCUUCUACUGUGAGAAUGGCUACGAGGCUCAGACUAGCGAUGGCGGGAGGUCUCGAUGCCUGGCAAAUGGCACCUGGUCAGGAACUGAUCUUGUCUGCAAUGAAAUUGAGUGUCCAGUCUUGACGCCCGGCACCGGUAUCAACGUUUCUCCGUCAUCUUGCUCCAGCCGGCCUGUAUUUGGUCAGAGCUGCAUGUUCUCCUGCUCCCAAGCUGGUUUCCGUAUCGAGCCAGUGGGCAGUAGCUAUGUCCACUGUGUGGGCAGUGGAAGUUGGUCGGCCAAUGUAUCCGGGAUCGAGUGUGUUGAUAUUGACAGUCCUGUAUUGAGUUGUCCAUCUGCACUGACUGCCUAUGCUGGUAGAGGCUCCACCGUGGCCCAAGUCGACUUCCAGGUUGCAGCCUCUGAUAACAGCGACUCUCAGCCUGCCGUGACCUGUGACCCAGAGCCAGGAGAGUUUAACCUGGGUCAACACGGGGUCUCCUGCAUGGCCAUCGAUCGGGCCCGUAAUUCCGCAAGCUGUUCAUUCCAAAUUGAAGUAGUCGAGCGGAUUUGCCCCACCCUACCCAUCCCAGCCUAUGGGGAGUAUGUGGCUGACUGUUGUCGCAUCUACGGCUGUGUCUGUCACCUGAGAUGCAUCGCCGGCUACCGAUUGGUGGGUUCCAGUGAGGCUUCAUGUGAAUUUAAUGGUGAUUCUAUGUACUGGCAGAGAGAGGAGACACCGCAUUGUGAAUUGAUCACGUGCGACGCCCUGUCAUUACCCGAAUCCGUGCAGAUCACUCCGCCCAUUUGUAUGGCUGGUAGUCCACUAGCUGGUACCCUGUGUUUCUUCUUCUGCCCCUAUGGACUCAGUCUUGUUGGAGGCGUGUCACAAGUAUCCUGUGGAGGGCAAGGAAUCUGGGACGUGGAUACUGAAAACCUGCCAACAGAUUGUGAAGAUCGCAUUCCUCCAGUCCUGACCUUCUGCCCGGGACCGAUCUAUGCCACCAGAGACAGUGCCAAUGGAGUCUCAGUGACCUUUGACAUCCCAACAGCCCGCGACAACAACCCGUCUGGCACCCUGACUCUUGAGACAUCGCCAGCCAACAUCACCUCGCCUUAUCUGUUUACUGAGUCCACUGAGGUGUGUUAUGCCUUCACGGACGAGGGCAGCAACAUGGUCUCUUGCGCAUUUAGAGUUUACGUCUUCGAUGACCUUGAGCCUGAGGUUGUAUUCUGCCCUGGCGACUAUGAAAUAAUAGCCCACGAGGCACUUAUUGAUGUCACCUGGGAUGAGCCCAUCUUCCGUGACCCGUUGGGUCAUGACCUCGAGGUUACUAACAACGUUGCCAUCGGCAACACGGCAAAGCUUGGUUGGGAUACAACCACGGUGGUGUACACAGCCAUCAACACAGAUAAUGGACAAAAAGCGGCUUGCCAGUUUGCUAUCAACAUUACACCCAACAGCUGCCCCCCACUGCCGAGCCCUAGGAACGGUGCUCUGUCCUGCGUGCCCUCUGGUCUGAUCUGCUCUGCCUUCUGCCAUGAGGAUUACCAGUUCUCAAGGUCUCGGGGUCGGGGCAGUGUUGUACCAGAACAGUACACUUGCGGACUGAGGUCCGGAGACUGGCUUCCGUAUGACUGGGUACCGGAUUGCUCCAGACGAAGGGGUGAUGUAAACCUUCCCAUGAGUCUUAUGUACUUCUCCGGAGAUUGCAGCGAUCAAUCCACUCGGAACCAAAUAGCGGCUGCUUUCAUCAUCAUGAUAGAGAGCUCCGCUUAUAUGGAUGCCUGCUCGCUGACCAACAAAUGCAACAUUGAGAAUGUGCAGGUGCAUUGUGGGGCAGGCGGCCGGCGACUUGGACAUGGACCUGGUAUUCAGCGACGUCGCCGUGGGACACGUGUGACUGAGGAGCUUCAUGCCACUGAGGAUGCAACAUGGGAUAAACUGUUUGCACGACUGGAUGCCACGCGGACCCACCGGGAGAAACGGGACACGGACAUCGACUUUGGUGUCUUCAUCAGCUUCGACCUGAACUAUGAGGUCCCCUAUGAAACUGGGAUGGACAGCCAGGAUGCGGUGGUUGUCACGGAAACCAAAGUGAAGGAACAAGCCGAUGAUCUCAUGACAGCCAUAGGGAAUGGCAGCUUGUCAAUUUCAAGUAUUCCUGACAUUACCUUAGAAGUUGACACAGACAUGAUGUCAUAUGGCGACUCUAAACUGAUCUGCCAACCAGGCUACGUCCUCAGCAAUGAUACCUUCUACUGCACUGCUUGUAGUUGUGGGACGUGGUACAAUCAGGAAUCAGAGGAGUGUGAUUACUGCCCCAGAGGGAGUUAUCAGGACCAGCAGGCUGCAGAGUCAUGCGUUGAAUGCCCACCUGGAACAACAACAGCCGAUGAAGGGGCGAAAAACAGCUCAUCUUGUGUAGAGGAGUGCCCAGCCGGAAGCUUUUCCUCCAAUGGCCUCAUCCCCUGCUUCAAAUGCCUGAUUGGCCAGUAUCAAUCGCUGCCUGGCCAGCCGUCAUGCCAACCGUGCCCUAGUGGGAAAACGACUCUUGGCUUUGGAGCAGAGACCGUCGAUUGGUGCCUGGAUAUCUGUCCACCAGGAAGUUAUUCAGAGACUGGACUGGCUCCCUGCCUUCCAUGUGCACGUCGUUACUACCAGCCCAACAGCCAGAAGAGACACUGUCUAUUGUGUCCUGGAAGGACCAGUACAGCGGGCAAUGGAUCCACCAGCGUAGAACAGUGUAGUGAUGUGGAUGAUUGCUCACGUUCACCGUGCGAGCACCAGGCUACCUGUAUGGAUCUGAUAGCUGGUUACCGGUGUGACUGUCCACCAGGCUAUCAAGGAGUCCACUGCGAAGAGGAUGUCGACGACUGCGUGGAUCACAGAUGCGUCAACGGUGCGACCUGCGUGGAUGAGCUGAUGGGAUAUUCUUGCCAGUGUGGACCGGGAUUCCAAGGCGAAUUUUGCGAGAUAAACAUCAACGAGUGUGCAUCCUCACCAUGCGAGCACGAAGGUGUGUGCAAUGACCACAUUAAUGGAUAUCGCUGCCAGUGUACGUCCAACUACCACGGUGCCCGAUGCGAAUUGGAGAUUAACAGUUGUUCUCCUAGUCCCUGUGGAAAUGGAAGCACCUGCCAACUUCAUGAUGGUGGGUACCGGUGUGACUGUGCACCAGGAUACAGCGGUACCAACUGCACCUUGGACAUCAAUGAGUGUUCUAGCAGUCCGUGUCUUAAUGGAGCUACCUGCCAAGACAGGCCCAACGGCUACACCUGCAUCUGUGCAUUUGGUUAUGAAGGUGCACACUGUGAGAGCAGUGUGAACUGGUGUGCAGAAUCGCCUUGUCGCCAUGGUUCCACAUGCAUAACUGUGGGGUUGACAUUCAGCUGUUUGUGUCCCCCGCACCGGUUGGGUGAGCUCUGCGAUGAGACGCCAUGUCAGAAUAAUGGCAUCUUCGAGUCGGGCUCUGAUGACACCUACACAUGUCAUUGCACGCCAGGUUUCGGUGGGCACAAUUGCCAGAUUGACAUCAAUGAAUGCGCGUCAAAUCCUUGCUCCAAUGGAGGCACCUGCGUCGAUAGAUCCAAUGCUUAUCAGUGUGAAUGCCUGCCUGGUUUUGCUGGAGCCACAUGCUCAGUGGACAUUGACGAGUGUUCGUCCAAUCCCUGUGGAGUUGGUAACACUUGUGAAGAUGACAUCAACAGCUAUGCUUGCAUAUGCCGACUGGGUUUCACUGGUACCCAUUGUGAGAAUCGUAUUGACUACUGCUCACCGUCUGCAUGCCAGCAUGGGGCCACAUGCAGUAAUACGGGUGUCGGGUACCUGUGCUCAUGUGCUGCAGGGUUCGCAGGUCAUGACUGUGAGACCAACAUUAAUGAGUGCGCCUCUGCACCCUGUCAAAAUAGCGGCUUCUGUGUAGACCUUGACAACAGGUUCAUGUGUUUCUGUCUGGCUGGAUUUAUGGGACAAGCUUGCGAGGUCAACAUCAAUGACUGCUCCUUGAGUGCUUGCCAGAAUGGUGGUACUUGUGUGGAUGGGAUCAAUGACUAUACCUGCAACUGUCUAGUGGGCUUCACUGGUACCCGCUGUGAGGAGCUGGUCGACUAUUGCCAAAGCGGUCCCUGUCGGCAUGGAGGAGUGUGUCAGAAUGACCCGCCCAGUUACAGAUGUUCAUGCCCAUCAGGAUUUGUUGGUCAUGAUUGUGACAUCAAUGUGGACGACUGUUCGUCCUACCCGUGCGAGCACAGCUCGGAGUGCAUUGAUGGCGUCAACAGCUACACCUGCGUCUGUAGCGAGGGUUACACCGGUGCCAACUGCGAGGUAGAAGUGAAUGAAUGCACUAGUGCUCCUUGCUUGAGUGGAGGGACGUGCUUAGACCUUGUUGGCGGAUUUCUGUGCCAGUGUGCACCAGGAUACACUGGGAACCUCUGCCAGAUAAACAUUGACGAUUGUGCGAAUGUCUCAUGUCAUAACGGCACGUGCAUUGACUUAGUCAAUGGCUUUCAGUGUCGUUGUGAACCAGGAUGGACAGGUGAGCUUUGCAAUGAAGACAUUGAUGAAUGUGACUCAUCACCCUGCCAGCACGGCAGUGAGUGUGAGGAUCAGCUCAACGCCUACGUCUGUCACUGCUCGCCUGGCUACAGCGGAGUCAAUUGUGAAGAGGAGAUCAACGAGUGUCAAGUACUCAACGUUGAGUGUCAGCACGGUGGGACUUGUGUUGAUAAGGUGGCAGAUUUCAAUUGUGAGUGCCCCGCUGGCUACAGAGGGCGUCAUUGCGAGGAGGAAAUCAACGAGUGUGAGUCCAGCCCUUGUCUCAACGGAGGUAGCUGCGUGGAUGGAGUGGGGGAAUUCACAUGUGAUUGCCCAUCCGAUUUCACCGGUCCCCUGUGCAAUGUACCAGUGAGAAUCCUGCCCAAUUCGUGCUCUGACGGCAUGUGUGCUAACGAUGCUACGUGCAUACCCCAAGGCGACAGCUUCACUUGUGCCUGUGCAGAUGGAUACAGUGGUGAACUUUGCGAUGUAGACGUCGAUGAAUGUCAGAGCCAGCCUUGCCAACAUCAAGCUUCGUGCAUAGAUGACAUCAAUGCUUACCAGUGUGUUUGCCUACCGGGAUACACAGGGGUCUACUGUGAAACGGAAUUGUCAGCAGACUUUGACGUGGUGUUCUCCAAUGCUACGGCCUCUGACCUCAUCCAGGUCAGAGAGAUCAGUGGCAUGACCUCUGCUGACCUCUCUGAACUCUCCUUGGCAUUGUGGUUCAACUCGUCUGCUUGCACUAGCGGCAUCGUCAUGGUGAAGUUGUCCAGCGGGUCAGCGGCCAUCGUCGAGGUCAGAAAUCCGUGCAACCUUCUACUCCAACUUCACGGUCGCAGUGUUGCUGUUGGCACACAGAAAGACUUCUGCGAUGGACGAUGGCACAACCUCAUGCUAGUCUUGAAAUAUCUGACGAAUUUGGAGUGGAAGUUUUUCAUGGACCAGUCGCUGGCAGCUGAGGGAGCUGUGUCAAGCGUCACAACGAGUAUUCCGAGUGGUUUGGCACUAACGAUUGGCCAUGAAGUGGACUCCGAGACCGGUCCACGUGAUUGCCAGUUCCAGCUUACAGGCCUCAACAUAUGGAAGGAGGCCCUGAAUGAAGUCGAGGUGUCAGACAUCGCCUCCUACUGCAUUCCGUUCCCACCCGGCAAUGCCUUCGCGUGGGGUCAAAUGAUGGCGCUGCCCGGGGCUAGCAUCACGCACACAUUGAGGGCGCCAUCAAUCUGCGACGACUACGAUGAGUGCUCCAGUGCUCCCUGUGAGCACGGCGGAACCUGCGAGGACCAGCUCCACACCUUCUUCUGCUAUUGCCCCGAAGGCUGGCUAGGGGACAGAUGCCAGGACGUGUUUGACCUCUGUUCUCUGAACCCUUGCCAGAAUGAUGGAACGUGCCACAGCGAUCCCUUUGGGUUCUGGUGCCAAUGCAUUAUGGGAUACACUGGCAGGGUGUGCAAUAUCGAGAUUGAUGAGACUGUUGACGGUCAGUGGAGUACAUGGCAGGCUUGGUCGGAGUGCUCCAAGACUUGCGGAAGGGGUAGUCAGCUUCGUUUGCGGUUUUGUGACAACCCCGAGCCCCAAAACGGAGGAGCCCCGUGUCAGGGGGCCGGUUACCAAGCAGAGCAGUGCAACACAGAAAGAUGCCCAACUUGUCCUGUUCUGCGCAGUCCAUUGCGUGGCUUCAUCGCUUGCAACGAGUCUGAUGCCGGUGAGAAAUCUUGCCGUAUCUCAUGUCGCGACGGCUAUGCCUUCGCCACAACACCACAGAGCGAGUACCGGUGCGGUCCAAGUACGGACUACGUGUGGGACCACAAUCCUGAGAACAGUCGCUCGGUUCGGCUACCCAGCUGUAACUUGUUGGUUCCCCGUGUUGCUGUGUCAGCCAACAUCACCCUGACGUACCCUGAUCUUCAGUGCUACUCGCUGAGUGACCAGCUUAACAUCUAUGCUCAUGCCUCCGCCACACUGCACAAUGCCACGCAGGGGUCCACGGGCUGCCUGGCACUUCAGACCUGUGCUGCUAAUGUCACCGUGUCCAACUGUGACGUGCGCAGUCAUCGCACCUCAAGGGCCACGUUACGAAAGAAGAAGUCCACAGCCCCCAUCAAACUGACCAUCUGGGUCACCCUGCCUGACCACGACAAUGACACUGUCAGUGACAUCCUGGACAAUGGCACAACACGUCUAGAUAUGGAGCUUGAUUCGACCUUGAUGAGUCUGUCUGAACGCAUGGAACAGGGAGAUUUCGGCAUCGAGCAUGACGGAGAAGUCUGUCAGCCUGAUCUGGACACAAUGACCACGGAUGACUGGGAUGUGUGCCCGGAGGGGAGCGUGGAAAGUGAACAGGAAGGAUUUUGCAUCCAAUGCGCCAAAGGUAUGAUCUGGGCGUGGGACGGCCACAAAUAUGACUACAUCUACAAACCCUGUCCCGUCAACACCUACAAAGAUGAAUGGGAGAACAUCUGUUGGCACUGCCCCGAAGGAACAGUGACAAGUGGCCCAGGGGCAACUAACAUCAGUGAAUGCUUUGACCCACAAGUCGGCCAAAACUCUGGAGUUGGAAUGAAUAACGUGAAAGUGAUUGCCGUUUGUGUUGCUGGCGUCGGGUUAAUCCUCAUCGUUUCAGUUAUCGCAAUCAUGACACUCAAACUGAAGAAGCAGAAACCAGAGGACAAGUUCUCCAUGGUUGAUAAGCCCUCUCCUGUUCACGUCAUCCCUGACAUCUUCCAAGGGAGACCAUCUAAUGACAAGAGCAAGCUAGAUGAGCCAGCUGCCAGCCCUGUCGGCGAAGCCCUUGCAGAAGCCACGCCCACUUCCUCUGAUGAGCAGAACUUGAGUGGACUGCUGCAGCUGCCCAAUACCAAACUCUAGUCGUUCUCCAAGCUGGACGGAUACCGAUGCAGGAGUUUCACAUUGCUAAAUAGUCACUCUUCAAAUGCCAAAAUUAUCACUCUUGUUAUAAGCGUCUUUUCUGAGAAUAGACAGCAAACCUCAUCAUUAUGUAGAGUUAAAAGCCUGGUAUACAAGUUAAAAGAAGCAAACAUAUUUAAAGGGUAUCCAAUAAAUUUUAGAAAGCGCUUUCAAUUCUGGAAAGUUUUGUAAUAGUUUCAUUUACACUGGCGGUGUGCUAGUUGAGGUUAUCACUGUACACAGAUUAUAUUUUGUUGUAAUCAGACUAGUUGAGCAAAUAUAUCAUAAUACAGCAUGUUUAUUGGACAAGCCCCUUUUGCAACCUUCAUUUGAAAAAUGAGUCCAUUAUUUUUCCACGAUGUGCAUAAUAUUGGUAAUCGGUAGACUCCUUCCCCUUUUCAAAUAUUGACCAAUAAAGUUCAACUUCUACCCAUGUGUGAUGCUUACUAUUUAGGAUCAGUCAAAGUUGGCUUUACUGAAGGAAAUUAGGUAACUCUAGUAUGUGUUUUGAAGGAGCUGGCCCUGUAAUUAAUACCGGAGCAUGAUGAACGGUGUUACUCAGACUUUCUUUGGAGGUUUUCAGCUUCUAACUAGUCUCUUCGAUGUGAUUUCUGUUCAGCUGUUCAGAACAUUGAGUGAGCGAUGAUGUUGCUGUGUUUGUUUUUCAAAUAACUUCCCAGAACUGUUCUGUAUUUUUGGAUAAUUUCCGAAGAUUUUUGGAUGAAUACCUUUCCACAAACGUUUUCAAGUUUUUAUGCCGCCAGGAGCCUCAGGCGAUUUCCGUUUGUAGAACUAGACAAUCGUCAACUGUACUGGUACCCCAAAGAAGCCUCGCCUGUUUCCAUGGAAACCUUAUAAAGAAACCACAGAGUGAUGGAGGCAGGGCCAAUGUUUCAAUUUGCAGAAUUGAGAUCCAUUGGCUCAAAAUGCGACUUAUCAAAUGAUCUAUACAUUCAUUGUUUUGCACUGAAUAUAUCAUCGUUUGUUAAGGUCAGAUCUUUUAGUUAAGUAAUUUUAACUUUGGUCUUGAUUAGAGUUUGUCAGUUUUUGAUAGAUCUCAUUGUCAGGUAUGCUUUGUAGUUUCCUGCAUCUUACACAUGUACUUCAGCUUUUCUAUCCAUGUAAGAAAUGGUUUGUUGCCUAGUUUAUUACCAAACAUCAAAGGCUGUAGGCUUGAUAAUCUUGUCUGUUUCGUUUUUAAAUAAAUGCUUUCAGUGUUAUAUGCUCAAAAAUAAAGCGCCUUUAUUUCUGAAAUUGUA